UGUUUUCCUUCAAGGUCACUUGUUCCAUCGAUUAGUCAAGCCGCAUAAACGCCUGUAGGAGUCGACUUGUUCGAGCUCGUCGGAAGAGUUCAACUAUGUUCCGCAAUGCAGUAUUCCCCGCGUUUCAGUCUGCCGCAUCGCGAGUCCGGCCGUUCACCCGUCAGAUCGCGCUGGCCGUCGCGUUCCUGUUCGUCGGGGUGCUCUUCUCCUCCACCCGCCGCGCCGACCUCGCCAGCAGCUUUCCUUUCUCCAAAUGGCUUCCUUUCACGGGUGCGGCUAUAACGGGGCCGAAGAUCCCUGUGACGAUCGUCAACGACACACUCGGCGGCUUCGCGGUGUGUCUGGACGGCUCACCGCCCGCAUUCAACUUCCAGGCAGGGAGAGGCGAUGGAGCGAGCAAGUGGGUCAUCUUCCUACAGGCUUGGUGGGCAGCAGCUGAGUUCUUUGUCAAGCUGUUGAAACUGCCUUACCUUGUGAUGCGGUCGACUGACUCCUCGGCCAAGGGGAUGAUGGGGCAGAUUUAUGAGCUCAUGCUCAAACUCACUGUGGACGUGACUGAUCUGUUGAAGAAGGAAGACUUGCAGCUGACGCCGGAGGAUAAGGAGGGGAUUGGGGAGAUCAUCCAGCAUCGGUGGGACGUCAGCAUGGCUUGCCCACUGCAUGCUGUUGGCCGGAUCCUCAACCCGGCCAACCAGGUUGCUAAGAUCUUUGGCCCCGACAAGGAGUGCACCGACCUGUUUAAGGAGUUCAUUGGCCGAUACAGCAGCACCAUCACCAUCGAUCGUAAGGAGGCAAAGGAGAAGAGUGCGGUAGUGGUACUGCAGGAGGGAGGCGGUGCCUGGUGCUACUCUGUCGAUAACUGCUACAGUCGCUCGCUGACCAGCCUUGGCUCGUCCAGGAAGAUGCGGCCGUUAGAGUUCAUUGGCAUUCUUUCGCCUGAACCGCGGAUCAACCCCGAGUUCUUCACUUGGAACCGUGUGUUGGUGCGCUACUGUGACGGCGCUUCGUUCUCAGGAAACGUAGACUCUCCCAUACAAGUGCCGGGUCGCAAUGGCACAUUCCUCUUUUUUAGAGGAAGCCACAUCGUGCCUGCUGUUCUGAACCAUCUGCUGCAGCAUCACAACUUGCGGGCGGCAUCGCAUGUCCUGUUUGGGGGGGGCUCAGCUGGCGCUCUGGCAGCCUUUCUGCAUUGUGAUUGGUUCGCCAAGACACUGCUGCAAGAGUCUCAGCCAACCAUAUUCCCUUCGUCCUCUGCUUCUGCUCCUGCUGCUGCUCCUCCUGCUGCUGCUCCUCCUGCUGCUGCUUCUUCUGCUGUUGCUGCUGCGCCCUCCCCAUCCUCCUCCUCAUUCUCCUCUGCCCCUACCUCCGCCUCUUCCUCCUCCUCGUCGCCCCCUGUGGUGAAGUGCAUGGGGGAUGCCGGCAUGUUCCUGGACGCCAAGGACAUGGGAGGGCACUAUCAGUUAAGGGAGCGCUUUUCGGCUUUGGUCAGGUUACAGAACGUGUCGGUGCAUGAGGGCUGCCUGGAGCGGCUCCCGAACCAGACAGCAGAGAGAUGGAAGUGUUUUUUUCCAGAGAACUACCUGCCUCUGCUGCAGACUCCUCUCUUCAUUGGCAACACCCUCUACGACUGCUGGCAGAUUAACAAUUCUUUUGCUGUGGAUGCAUCAUUUCAUUCCAAGGACUGGGACCUGUGCCGGCGAUCACUGAGAGAGUGCCCCUCUACCCUGCUUGAAAAAUUCCAUACUUACCGAGCCGAAAUGCUGACGAAGCUACAGCCUCUCAUGCAGGCUCGGGUCUUGGCUUUGGUGCCGAGCCUGCAGCAGGCAGGGCAGGAGCGAGGCUUGGAGCAGGGAAGGCAAGAGUCAGGCAGUGGCAGCAAAGGGAUAGAGGGGGGUUUACAAGGCGUGGGAGGUGUACGAGGAGAGGAGGAGACACAAGGAGGGCUGGUUGCUGAGCAGCGAUGUCCGCACGGUUUCUUCCUUACCUCGUGCCACACGCACACCACGGCGCUCUACGAGUCAUGGCAUGGAGCACGAGGUCCAACCCUGUCAAACCAAUCCAUGGCUCAGGCUGUUGCAAACUGGUUCCUUGAGCGCCAAGAAGUGAGGCUUGUGGACGAAAUCUUUGGCCGCAACCCGACCUGCCCUUCCAGCUGUUGAGAUACCGUAAAUGCCCGGAGAUGUGACUCUGGCACACCAUAAUGGUCUGAUUGUACGAUAAGGAAUUUACUUCAGCGGAUUUCUGAAAGCUAUCACAAGAAAAGGUUCACUAGAGAGGAGAGACACAAUGGCAUAUCUCAGUUGUAUCCAAUAUUGUGACA